UCUUGAGCGCCCGCGAAGCAUUGAAACACUUUUGUCGCGAGAGUUUUAUUCUAGCCAAGUGUGACCUUUCGAUUAGAUAAUUUGAACGACUGAUCUGCACAAAAACGUUUAUAAAGCGAUUUGCCUCGUCAGUUUAAUGCAGCCGCAGUUCCGUCUUAGUAGUGAAUUACAGCGCAUACUCGUCACUCGAGAGAACUUCUUCAAGUGGACCCCACAGAAGUAAAAAAAAAAAUGGAUAUACAAGAGCAUUUGACCUCCAAAGUGUUUCCCGCCUCGGUGGAGUCCGGAGCAUUUGGAGCUGACGUCAAGAGGUUCGUUUGCUUCAAAGCAAAUGAAAAACAAGGCACCGAUCAGUUUUGCUCAAAAGUUAUUUUUGGUGACGUCACAUUGGAGCAACUAACUGGCGACCGCAUCAUUGUAUCGGUUGUCAUAAAAAUAAAUAAGCCAGAAGUCAAAGGCAUGCUGGACUCAUAUGCUUUGUUCCAUAAUGAGAAUUUAUUCUACAAGGAAGUUCUCCCUUUCCUGAAGAACUACGACACAGAUGACUUCAUAUCAACAAGUUUUCCUGAGUUCGUGUACGGCACGGCGAGCCCGGGUGAAAACCCAGAGGAUAAUAUUAUUAUUAUGAAGGAUUUAACACCAAAAGGUUUCAAGCUGUCUGCCGAUCGACUUUACUUGAAUCAAAAACACGUCGAACUUGUAUUGGACGCCAUCGGGAAGUACCAUGGACUAACAUUGAAAGCUCAGUCGGAUAAUCCGGAAAAAUUCAAGGAGUUAACAUCCCAAAUCAAACCAACAUUCGUGUCGGGGAUUGCCGACGUCAUGUUUCCUAAAGAGGUAAACCUGGCAGCCCUUCUCCGCGGCAUCGAACCUCUGAAAAAUGAUGGAGCGUACCAGGACAAGCUGGCGGAUCUGCUGGCGCACUGCGACAACGCCAGUUUCAAGUGGCUCGGCAAAGCCACCCAAGACCGUUCGGGACCGGUGAACGUCAUAGCUCACGGAGACUUCCACCGAAGCAACGUGCUCUUCAAAUACGAUUCCAAUGGAGAGCCUGUGCAAGCUGCUCUCUUCGAUUUCGCUACCAUCCGGCUCUGCUCGCCCGCCAUCGACACCAGUGUGUUCCUCUUCAUCAACGUCCCGGCAGACAUCAGGAAGGCGCAAUGGACCAACUUCCUCCGUAGAUACUACGAUGCUCUGUGUUCACCAAUCACCGGCGAUGCUAAGCCACCAUCACUGACGACGUUGGAGCAAGACUUGCGAGAGAGAGGCGUCUACGGGUUCCGUGUCGUUGCGGUGAUGGCGCCCAUGUUCAUCAGCCAUAUGCAAGGCGUGGAAGUGAUGCCGCCUCCGGGCUGGGAGGAAUUGGACGAUGAGCAGAAGCUCAAGAUCAUGAUGGAGCACAUGCCCAACUUACUGGAAACGGGAGGCACCAAAGCUACUGAGCUUCUCGUUGGCGUCGUCAAACACAUGAUCGACAAUAACUUCAUUUUCCAAGAUAGAUUCGAAUAAGGGUAGUGAAGAUCCCUCGAUACACGUCAUCCUUACAGAUAUUUACAAGUUAUUUGUGAAAGAAUAAAGGGAGAAAGAAGGGUAUCGCACCGGAUUUUAAUCAUAACAGACUAAUAGUAGCGACUGUGUCUCGUCAGACUGUAUGUACUAUGUACAAACUUAGCAAUUGUGUUGAAGAUUGAAACAAGUAAUGUUUUGAUGUGUUUAUUCAACGUGUUUUGUAUAUUUAACGUGUCUAACAAUCUAAAAUCAAUAAACAUACUUCAUUUUUUGCAAAAACA